AUGAAGAUGAAUGAAAUUGGUGUUGACGAGAAUAAGAUCGAAGCAUUAGUCAACUUGGGCCUCCCACGAGAUGCCGCCGUACAAAGUUUGAAGUCUUGCAACGGCCAACUUGAAAGGGCAGCAGAAUAUUAUUAUGGCGGAGACUACCAGAAGGCCCAAGAUAGUGUAAAAUGGAGCGAAGAGGUUUGGGCCGCACCUAGGGAGGGUCCGACUGGCCCAGCCCUACCACCAGGUAUUGGGAAUAACUCACCUCAGUUUCGCAUACAAUCAUCAGAUGUGCUACCGCCCAGUGUCUUUGAACCCGACUCUCGGCCGCCUUCUAGAAUUUCAAACCGAAAACCAAUCGAUUUGACGGACGGAGACGAAAACGAUCCCGAACUUGCUCGAGCUCUGGCAGCUUCAUUACAAGAAUCUUCUGGAGACCACUCUGGUGGCUACUUCAGUCAACAGGAAAGCGGAAUUACGCAUACUUCACCAACGAACCCCAAUUUUGGGAGAGCACCACCAGAACGAGAGUAUGAACCCAAUCAGUGGGCUUUGACCACAACACAGACCCAUGAGAUAUUUCUUGACCCUUUCCCUGCAGAUAGGAAGCGUAUACAAGGAGAUCCGUCGUUUCUCAGACCUGAUAAGUCAGGGGGCAAUCUUGCUGCUCUCAUCACAAUACUUCACUCUAUUCCAGGUGCCAGAGAGGCCCUCUUGUUUAGAAUACUUGUUGGUCCGGAUUACGGUCAUGAUGAUCAAUGGUGGAAUGGGCAGGCGAUCAGAAAAUUGAGGAUUGUUAAUGUCGAUGAAGAUCUAGAGGCAUUCGCGCCUGAGGAGAUAGUAGAGGCCCAGCGUCUGAUGGCCUUCUUAGACAAAACAACAAGGGCUUAUGGAAGUGUUGAAGGGCUAUCUUCUUUACAAUCCAUACAGAAUGAUCCGUAUAGUGGUAAUUCUCUUCAGUCUGGCACUAUCACCGAGAAAAUCUCGAUCUACUCAUCGUCUGACAGAUUACUUGUCGCAGGGAUCAUAUCGGCUUUCUUUGAAGCCUGGAGAAUAGCCACUGAUAACGUGGUUUAUGAUCUGGGCGAGGAUGUACAUUUUGUAAACCCGUUUGUAUCGACGGCUACCCAGCGCCCUCGAGAGGUCUCGAUUUCCGAUGUUGAACCCCAAAUUAGUCAUCAGAAAUUCGGAGAUCUCACCCUCAUAGCGUUUGCAGAAGAUGCCACACUUUACGAUGCGGUUGACAGAGUGGUUUGGACACUGGAUGAUAAUGAGGUUUUCGUGGAAUUUUCGGAUGUGCUCUGCAUAUCAAUUAAACCUGAUAUCAACGAUACUCCGCGUACAGGUUGCAGGCUGGAUAUCCCAAUGACUUUCUAUCCAGACCGAUAUACUGAAGAUUGGAUUGAGCCUGUUCGAGAAAUCAGAAAGCAGAUAGAAGAAAAACGGGCUUUGGUCGUCGAUAUUGAAAUAAAAGAGGAAAAAUUGAGGAAUUUCAGGUCUAAGAAGAUCGGCGGACGAAAUCCUACAUACGAUCCGAAAGUACUUUUAGAAUCUGUGAUUGAGCACCUAUCGACUCCACAACCACCAACACCCUCUCCUGCUGAUGAUGGGCACGAGGAUGUGCCCACCGAGAGCCAGAAGGAUAAGACAGAGUUGCAACAAGACGCUGAUAUACAGUCCCAAAUGGGUGACAGUGUGUAUUCCCAGGAUCGAGAUCAAGACACGGUCCAUAUGUUGAAAAGCAUUCUUUCACAGUUAGAAAAGAAAUUGGACGACCUCUCAGUGAAAAAGGAAGAGGCCCAUAAAGAAUUUAAGAAGCUCAAGGAUUUAUUAACAUUGCCCGAAACUUCCGAUCCGAAAUUACCUGCUCUAACAAAAUAUUCACUGCGUGGCUUCUCUACUGAACCAACUGUAGUUUACGUGCUUAUUCCGGAUGACACUAUCGGAGUUUCUAUCGAUGGCGCUUCUUCAAGUUCCGCCAAUACAUCUGGAGAGCAAUGGUGGUGUAUUCACUGGGGAACGUCUAACUCAGGAUGGGAUGAUACCCCUACGGCGAGUUAUGAGGUCAAGAAGGUGGCCCUAGAGGAAGUUCAAUCAGCGAUGAAAAACACAGGCGACGGUUCAUUAUUACUAGUUUACGCCAAUGACAAUGCCCUCAUGCCUCCAGAUGGUGUAAACAUGUUUUUACCAACAGCCCUCCAAACAUUUGUCGACAGGGAUAACGCUGCGUUUAAGGCAGAGCUACAGCCUACUUCCCCGGGGAAAAAGCGACACAGCGACUGGCUAGAAGACGAAGAUGAAGCGGUGGAUAUGAACAGUUUCUUGUCCAAAAAGGCAUCUUCCUCGAGAAGCAGUGCGACGCUUGAGAAUGAAGCCCCAGCCACGCGUCGAAACAGCUUAGAAGGCGCGGAAAUGGAGAUGACAGAAGGAGUAGAUCCGACAGCAACAUUAGAGGAGACAAUGACAACCCGUCUUCCAGAUGGUAAUUUUAUAAACACUUCAGAACUGGCACCUCCUCCUCGUCAAGAGGAGAUGACGGAGAGGGGGCAUGUCUCACCUGUUGCAAAAGCUUUCCACUUGGACAAGAAUAGGGAAAAGGAUGUUGAAAUGAUGGAUGUGGAACAUGUGGAGAAUGCAGGCACCGAAUUAGAGGAUUUGGCAAAGACCUGA